AUGGAGAUGUGUCUAUGCCAUGAAGCUGAGCGCAAAAUUUCUGGGAGGGACAUGCACAUAUCAGUCAACAUGGAACAACAUGUGCUUUCUCAGGUGAAUCCCAAACCUUAUAGGCCCGUUUUGGUGGAGAAUGUGCUUUCUGAUACUAAGGACGAAGAUGUUAUUUCAAACAGUCGUUUACUUGAGAACAGGCAUACUUUCUUGAGCUUGUGUGAGAAAAAUCACUAUCAGUUUGACACACUUCGCCGGGCGAAGUAUUCCUCAAUAAUGAUUCUGCAUCAUCUCCAAAAUGGUACUGUGCUGACUGCUGGGAACACAUGCAGUAUUUGCCAUAAGGAUGCUGUGGUUGCUCAGAGCUGGGUAUGUGAGAUCUGCCCAGAGUUUGGUGUUUGUGCAGCAUGCUAUCAAGAGAAAGGAAGUUCUUGUCACAGUCAUAAGUUGACUCAAAGUUCUACCACAGUUAGCUGUAGGACAGAGAGUCGAGACUCGCCACAAAAACCAUUGAUGAUAAGGGAACUGCUGGAUGUUUUACAUCACGCACGUAAAUGUUGCUCAACCAAGAUUCAGCCUUGCUCUUACCCAAACUGCCUCAAAAUAAAAAAGCUACUCUGUCAUGCAACAAAGUGCACUAUUCGGACUACUGGAGGUUGUCAAUACUGUAAGAAGGCAUGCCACCACCCCCUCCGUCUCCGCAAAGAGGAUAGAAAAAAGAGGUUCUACUGCUUCCUAGGGAUGAGAUCUGAAGAAGCAUGCAGAACUACGGUUGCAGAAUUAGUCGGAUAG